GCGGGGGUGGGGAGCGUGAGUGAAAUGGGUUCAUUACUGGGAGUCUGUUGCCUCGAUUGGUAUCGAUCCCACAUGUCACCUUCCAUUGCUGCUAAUGGGACCUGAAGAGUCUGCACCGACACCACAGCCACGGGCUCCACCCCCGCGCGCCGCCUCCCCUCCCCCUGCCCGGCCGCCGCCUCCUCUCCCGCUCCUGAGGUUCCCCAGUCCUCCUCUGUCGCACCAAGGACCUUAUCCCUCUAUUCAGGGGUGUCCUUCCCCCGCUUCCCCCCGCCGAGUCCGGUCUCAGUCACAUCUGUCACAACCGGACCGUCCCCUGCUGCCCUCCACUGCCUGCCAGGCCCCCGGGGCCAGAUCCCUUUUCUCUCCUCCUUCCUACUCCUCAUUUCUGAGCCCCGACCCGCACCCUGCGCAGCCCCUCGAUCAGGCCUCCGGGGGCUGAGCCCACCCUGUGUCUCCUGUCUGCCCAUCAUAAGUCAGAGGGUCACAGGGGCCCACAUGAGGCCUAAGAGGACCCACGUGGGGUGAUGAGGUCUUGAUCCAAAGUGUCACACAGUGUCCGUAGGCUCACGCUGGCUACUCAUGUAUGAAAAAGUCACUACUAGGACGGGAACCUUCGACCCCAAGCUCACGUGAACACCCUCUGGUUGGCCCCCAACCUGUGCCACUAAGCUCUAGGGGGUGGCCGGGGAGCCAAGGCCCACCCUCCUCCCCCUGGGGAGACUCCUCUCUCUGGGCGGACUCCCGGGGGACCCCCAGAGCCGGCUCCAGCCCCAGAGUGGGAAGGGCCGCCCUCUGCGGUCUCCGCCUCACCCCGCUUGGUGCCCGUGAUUGUGUCACUGUGUUGAGAAAAUGUAGGUGGCCUGGAGCGGGCCACUAAAAUCAGUGGCAAUGAAGUUGGGGGCCCUGAGGCGGUGUAAAAUGUGUCGAGGCUGAUGUGAGCUGGGGCUGUGGGAUCGGCUUCAGCGGGGGGGAGCCGGUUGGGUUGGGGUGAGUUGCUCAGCAGUCAUUGGUGAGGCAGCCCCGCGGCCAGGCCCUGGGACACAUCAGAGAUGCUCGCAAGAGCGAAGGGCUGCAUUUGGUUAGGGGACGCAUCCCCAAGGGCCCUGGGCCCUUUGCCUGUGUCUUGGGGAAGAAACAGGAGGCCCCCGUGUGCCACCCGGGAGCCAGGGUCGGUGCCAAGCGCCUGGCCUCCUGUCCCCUGGUGAAUGGGAGUGGGGGCUCUGCUCUGAUCGGGCUUACGGGAAUAUGGAAGGAAAUGGGCAGGGAAGUGUGUAAGGCACUAGAGGGAAGGUGAAAACCCUAAGUGUCGCAGAAGCAGCUGCUCUGGUUCCCGAAGGGACUGUAGUUAGCGACUUGGGGGACUUUCCUGGGAGCUGGGGUCAUGGCAGGCAAGCGGGGGAGCGGAGCCGCCCUCCCCGGAGGCCCCCCGGAUGCUGCCUCCCGGGGGAACUCUCGGAGGCAGCAGGUGCUCUGAGCGGCCGUGGGGUCCAGGCCUUGGACUCGGCUCCUUCGAAUGGGCGGGGCCUUCGUGGAGAGGAAGCUCUUCCUGCCCGCGUCUGCCUGGCCUUGGCAUCUUCCGGGUCCUCACUCAGGUGCCAAGUCCUUAGAUGAAGGAGAUGGAGUGAGGUGACAUGUGUAAGGGCAGGACCACCCGCCCAGGGGAGGAAAGGCCAAGGGCACCUGAGGGAAACGCCGGGAUCGCGUCUCAGUGCCGACCUCGGCCCCCUCGCUGAGGCUCCGUCUCCCGUGGGCACCAGGCCUGCCUGCUCCUUGCUAGGCCUGCAUCCAACAACCUGGACACGCAUCCUGUCCCCCCCAGGACCCUCUGCCAGCGGUCCCCAGCGACCUGUCUCUCCAUCAAUCAUCCUCUCCCCCCUCACCUCUCUGUCAUGUUAGCUUCGGUUGAUUUAACCAGAAAACAACCCCCAGGAUUGAAUUCCAUGGCUCUCCCUCCCCACGUCCUUCAGCCCGAGGCCGGGAGGGGCUGCGUAAUGAGGUGGGGAGGGACACUUGGCCUCCCAGAGCCAGGGAGGAAUAAAAGAAAAUCAUAUUGAUUCCCCAGCGACAGCCGUCAACCUUUUCAUCCCCGCCGGAGACUGGAGACGUGGGCUCCAGGCCCCACAGGCUCCAAGGGGCUCAUUCCCCGGGACUUCAAAGGCAGAGGCCCUCGUUUCGCCUUGAGAAGCGUCUCCCGAUGUCAGGCGCCUAACGCAACCCCUCCCGGUGUAUUCUGGAACCCUGCCCCUUCCCUGCUCCUGCUCCUUCCCUGCAGGGUAUCUGAUGCCCCCCAGUCACUUCCUCCUGUCCAGUCUGUGCCUGACCUGGAAGUUCUUCUCGCUGUCUGGCUUUCAGUCAUAUUAAUAGAGGAAAGCAAACAUCAUUUUCCAGAACUCCGAAACUCCCAGACGACAGAGACAUAAUAAGUGCUUUAAAAUCCUCAGAGAAAAUACAUCGGGUAAACCAUUUGUGUCAUUUAAUACUCGAGACUCGAGGGAAACGCCAGAUUUCGGGGACUGUAACGUCCAUGAGCUCGAGCAGAGCCGCGGCCUGGAAGCCAGGGGGACUUGGGGACCAGGCGGUGGUAACAGUCCCAGGUUGGGAGGGGCUUCUCUUCCAGGCCUGGGCUCUAUCUGCACAGAGAGUUCCCUGAGACGGGGACUGACUUAUCUAGGGAAGGGUAGACAGCUGGAAGGACUUCCCCACAGUUCAGGGUCCCUUUGCCUAGAACGGAGGACAGGUGGCCUCCUCACGAGUCUCUGUGUUGGCCUGACACUGUAGGAGCCACCAGCCCCAGAGGCAGCUCUGGAUACGGAGGACUGAAGGAGAGACACCCCUCCUACCACAGCCCUCACGGAGGCGGAGGGGGCGCGGGCCGCGGUGCCACUGGCCCCCGAAGGGUUAAUGCUAUUGUCUGAAAACCACAUCGGCUCCCCUGGGAGCUUGGAGAUCCCGCUCUCAUUUUAAGUAACCCUAACUCGCGUGUGAUGAGCGAGGGCCGCUGGGCGAGGCGUGCUCCAGAAGAAGCAGGGGACGAAGCAGGGGCCGGCCGGCCACCGCUCCAAGAGUAGCUGGAGCCCAGGGCCCAUGCUGGGCUGGCCUGUGAACAAGACAGCCGGGGCCCCUGACGGCGGGGAGCCACCACUCGGAGGCAAAGACAGACACAAGCACACAGACCGCAUCGACAGCCUCAUUCCCACACGCGGACUCCACCGCCAAGCACUUCACCGCCAGGCACCUGCGACGCACCAGGCGUCUGCUGGGCCAGGGGCUCGCUGGGGACAGAGCAGGAAGCACACACCCCCUGCUCGCCCCGAGGCCUGCAGCAGGUCCGGCUCCGUAAAGGUAUGGGUGUGCGUAUCUUCCGCCUGCCCCCGCUCGAGGUUUACGAAGAGCCCACGAUUAAUCACAUUUUCUCUGGUCUUCUCUUGGGGAAAGCGCCAAUCCUAUUAAAGCCCUGAGAGGAGAGCGCGUCCUGUCUAAAUCCCCCAGCGGGGGCAGGAUAUAGGACCCUCUGCCUUCUUCUGCAUCCAUAUAAGUGGUCCCAGCUCCAGGUCUGCCCCUGGCCGGGAAGGACGUCCCCAGAGGAGGCCGGGCCCUGCCUUCCGUGCGGGGGAGCUUCCCGCCUGCCACCUGGUCCCCUGCCUCAGGGCCCCUCGUCCUUGUCAUCCUCCUCUCUGUCCUCUUUUCUUUCCCUCAUUCUUCGCCUCCCUCCUAAGCAGUGACCGGCUCCCCCAGGCCCAGACGCGGCCCUCGCGGCCCCAGAGGCGACCAUGCACUGCGGCUGCGGGGCCCAGGGCGUCCCUGUCGCGGGCAGCUCCUGGAUCUCAGGCUUGGCCUUCCCGGACUGGGCCUACAAAGCCGAGUCGUCCCCGGGCUCCCGGCAGAUCCAGCUGUGGCACUUCAUCCUGGAACUGCUGCAGAAGGAAGAGUUCCGCCACGUCAUCGCCUGGCAGCAGGGGGAGUACGGCGAGUUUGUCAUCAAGGACCCGGACGAGGUGGCCCGCCUCUGGGGCCGCAGGAAGUGCAAACCACAGAUGAAUUACGACAAGCUGAGCCGGGCCCUCAGGUAUUACUACAACAAGAGGAUCCUGCACAAGACCAAAGGCAAAAGGUUCACGUACAAGUUCAACUUCAGCAAGCUGAUUGUCGUCAACUACCCUCUGUGGGAGGUGCGGGCACCACCUUGCCCCCUGCUGCUGGGGGCCCCUGCCCUGUUUCGGCCAGCCCUGUUGCCCAUGGGCAUGCACGGCGAGCUCCUGCACAGCGCGCUGCUGGCCCGUUGGGCCACAGUGGAGCAGCUGGCCGGGCAGCGGACCCCCCGAGGGCCGCCAGAGGCCUCUGAGGAUAAGAAGGGGAGCGGCAGCAGUGCCCUCCGCCUUGGCUCUCUCCCAGCCCCCUGCCAGCUUGGCCCUUGCUGCCUUCUGGGGAGCCCCCGAGAGGAGCUGCUGGGUCUGGCCUCCUUGGCCCCUCCUCUCCUGCCUUCCCUCCCUCCCGACUGGACCCGCCUCUCAGGGCCCUUCCUGCCCCCUGUCCCCCCAGAGCGGCUGAUCCCGGGGACCUCCAAGCCAGACACCCUGCUGCCGGGGCCCGGCUGCCCCCCAGCGACCCACCACUUUCCGGGGCUCCCCCUGUUGGCUGGGCUGGGACAGGGGGCCGGCGAGAGGAUCCGGCUUUUGCCCCUGAGGCCCCCGGGGCUGGAGGUAAAGCCCUAUCCCAUGAUGGGGGCAAAGGGACGCCUGGACCCCAGGGAGGGCUUCUCCUCAGAGAUACACAGACCCAAAGUCGGGGACGAAAGCCCCGUGUCCCCCCAUCUGGAGAACUUCAAGGCAGUGUGGCCCUUGGAUCCUCCUUAACUGGGGAGAAGAGGGGAAGUGGGGAGUCCCCCAAAGUCCAUGCCUCCUCCCGUGUAUUUCCUUUCUGGCUUUGCACCUUCCUUGGCCUGGAAACAGGUUUCAAUUACAGGAGGCUUUGAAGGGGAGGAGUUGGACAA